UUCUUCACAGCAGGAUGUAUUGAAGGGGAAAGAGAGGGUAAUCAGAGUUGAGCUGGUCGGCAUGCAGUGGACUGGGCUUAUCCAGUGAUUUUGUAAAGUUUAUUCUUCAUAAGGAAGGAAGAGCGAAUGUGGCAGCAGGAAAUAGAAAGGAAAUGAGAAACAACGCCCGCUCCAGGAUGGAAGGUUCGGCGGGACCGGGUAACAAGGCGAACGGGCCCAUUGAACCGCCCAGCAGCCUCGUGAGCCCACCAAUGGCCCCGGAUGAACUGGACGAUGAGCCUCAGUCGUCUUUGACGGACGUCACCCAAAUGUGGAUUAAAUUUGCCAAGACUUUCGCCAUCAUCUUCCCUAUCUAUAUCUUGGGAUACUUUGAGUUCAGCUUCAGUUGGGUUCUCAUCGGACUCGCCAUGUUGUUCUAUUGGAGGAAGAACCACGGCCACAAGGACUACAGGAUAAACCGUGCCUUAGCGUUCCUGGACCAUGAGGAUAAAGCUGCGAAGCAAAGCGUGCAGACUUCUGAGCUGCCUCCAUGGGUCCAUUAUCCAGAUGUUGAGCGUGUGGAAUGGCUGAAUAAGACGGUGAAGCAGAUGUGGCCGUUCAUCUGCCAGUUCGUGGACAAGCUGUUCAGAGAGACCAUCGAGCCGGCCGUGAAGGGCGCCAACCCUCACCUCAGCUCCUUCUGCUUCACCAAGAUCGACAUGGGCGACAAGCCGCUGAGAGUGAACGGGGUGAAAGUUUACACGGAGAACGUGGACAAGAGACAGGUCAUCAUGGAUCUACAGAUCAGUUUUGUGGGGAAUACGGAGAUCGACGUGGACAUUAAGAAAUACUACUGCCGAGCUGGAAUCAAGAGUAUUCAGCUUCAUGGAGUGAUGAGAGUGGUGAUGGAGCCUCUGCUGGGAGACAUGCCUCUAAUCGGAGCCCUGUCUGUGUUUUUCCUCAAGAAACCGUCUCUCGACAUCAACUGGACAGGACUCACAAACAUGCUGGAUAUUCCCGGUCUCAAUGGUUUGUGUGACAACAUCAUCCAGGACAUCAUCUACAGCUACCUGGUCCUGCCGAACCGCAUCACCAUCCCUCUAGUGGGAGAAGCCCAGCUGGCUAACCUCCGCUUCCCAGUGCCAAAGGCCGUCCUGCGGAUCCACUUCAUCGAGGCUCAGGAUCUGCUGGGUAAAGACAAGUUUCUGGGUGGACUCAUCAAAGGCAAGUCGGACCCGUACGGAGUCAUCCAGGUCGGCACGCAGAUCUUCCAGAGCAAAGUCAUCCACGAGACGGUCCACCCCAAAUGGAACGAGGUGUAUGAGGUCCUGGUUUACGAACACUCGGCCCAUAAUCUGGAGAUCGAGCUGUUUGAUGAAGACACUGAUAAAGACGACUUCCUGGGAAGUCUGAUGAUCGACAUGAGCGAGCUGCAGAAGGAGCAGAGGGUCGACGAGUGGUUUGUGAUGGACGACGUGGCAACAGGGAAGCUGCACCUGAAGCUGGAAUGGUUAUCUCUGCUUCCUACACCUGACAAGCUCGACCAGGCGCUGCUGAGCAUCAAAGCCGAUCGCGGUCACGCUAACGACGGCUUGUCAUCCUGCGUUCUCGUCGUCUUCUUGGAUUCAGCCAGAAAUCUGCCGCGCAAUCCGUUAGAGUUCAACCACGCGGGGCUGAAGAAGGCCUCGGUCGGUAAGGCCCUCAAGUCUGGCAAAAAAGUGACCAGCGAUCCCAGUCCGUUCGUCCAGUUCAGAGUGGGACACAAGUCCUUCGACAGCAAGACCCGAUAUAAAACCAAUGAACCCGUUUGGGAGGAAGCCUUCACCUUCCUCAUCCACAACCCCAAAACCCAGGAGCUGGAGGUCGAGGUGAAGGACGAGAAACACGAGUGUACGUUGGGGACGUUGACGCUUCCUCUGAGUCAGCUGCUGGAGGCCAACGAAAUGACGCUCAACCAGCGUUUCCCCCUAAAGAACUCCGGACCGAGCUGCACUCUGAAGAUGAAGAUGGCUCUACGGGUGUUGUGCCUGAACAAGGAAGCAUCCUCACCCUCAGACUCCACCCCAUCAUCAGUGCAAGUCCGCAAGUCCAGCUCCUCCAGCUCCUCCAACCCGACCCCUCGUCCCUCCGUCUCCUCCGACUCCCCGAAGCCGCCACCACCUUCCUCCACCUCCGACAUCCCCCGCUCCGCCUCAGUGUCUGCACAGGACCUGCUGAACCGGCGGAGGGAAGCCGAGGAGAUGGCCCGGUCCCCUGGAAGCACAGACUUGGGGCAGGGUGGUAGAGGAGGAGGAGGAGGAGGAGGAGGUCAGAGCCUGGCGGAGACGGGGAGGAGCCACUCUAACUUGGCCAUCUCGGGCUCCCUGCAGUACCUGGCCGGAGGCAAGGAGCCAACGCCAAGCAUCGCAUCGGACAUCUCCAACCCUUACGCUGCCCAGGAGCUGCAGCAGAGACUACAGCAGCUGCAAAACGGUUCGGGCCCCAGUCAUUUCCCGCUGGGUGAGAUCCAGCUGACGGUCAGACACAGCUCCCAGAGGAACAAGCUUAUCGUCGUCGCCCACGGCUGCAGAAACCUAAUAGCGUUCACUGACCACGGAUCAGAUCCUUACGUCCGUCUCUACCUGCUUCCUGACAAACGAAGAUCGGGCAGGAGGAAAACUCACACGUUCAAGAAGAGCCUCAACCCAGUUUAUGAUCAGACGUUUGAGUUCAGCGUUUCUCUCGUGGAGCUUCACAGACGGACUCUGGACGUGGCGGUGAAGAACGGCGGAGGUCUGCUCUCCAAACACAAAGGCCUUCUGGGAAAGGUUCUGGUGGAUUUGACCCAUGAUGACAUCACUAAGGGUUGGACGCAAUGGUAUGAGCUGAGUGAAGACGGCGCGACGAAGCUUCACCACCUAUAAACAGCAACAACGAAGAAUCAUCAUCAUCAUCAUCAUCAUCACUAUCAUCAUCACUAUCAUCAUCACUAUCACUAUCAUAUCACCACCACACUUCCACUUCAUUCUACAGUACAACCUGUUGUUUGUUUUUUUUUAAUUUUUCAUUAUUUGUAAUUUGUUUUUAAAAAGAAAACAGAAAAAAGGAAUCAGUGAAGCAGCUUUGACAUUCAUUUAAUCACAUCAGUCGCAAGGCAAACCUCCCCUUUAAGAAGUGACAGGCUGAUAUCAACUAAAGGGAGUAUACACAACAUGUAGAGUACCAUAUAUAUAUAUAUAUACAGUAUAUAUUACACAAUAUACUGCAAUGGAAGUCUAUAUUCCAUAUUUAUAGAGGAAACUAUAAUGGCUUUAGAGGAAAAACAAUCUUCUUUUUUUUUUCCUGCCUCGAGUUAAAGAAAUGACACAUGUACAACUUUGUAAAUAUGUACAAUGAUGCUGGAUGAAACUGACGGUGUAUUCUGGGUAUGUGAGAGAAAGAAAGAAAGAGAGAGAGAUAGAGAGAGAGAGAAAGAGAGAAGUGUGGCCUCUUAUUUUGGCCAAAUGAUUGUUUUGUAAUUUUAUUUGAUUGAUUUUUUUUUUUUUAAAUGAGAAACAUUCUGGAUAAAGUUUCUGAUGUAAAGCGGGUGCAGCAGCAGCAGCAGGUCGGCUGUCGCAGGGGAAGACGCCACCAAAGAGACGCCAAUAUUUGAGUUUUUUUUUAUUGGCUUUAUUUCACUGCAUCAUAAUGUGUAUUAACAAAACUGAAUAAUAGCGGAAAUACACACAAAUACUGUGUUAAAUGUGAUGUCAGCACCACUUUUGUUUAAUUUGCUAUAAUACACCUGCUGUUACACUGAAAUAAGGCCAAUUUAAAGUGAUAUCUGUUUGUUGUUUUUUAACUGAAUAUUUGCACAUGUGUGUUUUUAAUCUGUCUGGGGAUCAUUUUUAGUUGCAGAUUAACCAAAAAAAAAGUAAAUCUGUAUUAGUGGGUAAUUUAUCUAAAAUAAGAAAACAGGCCUAAAUAUUUAACAUUAAAGUGUCAUAAAUAAUAAUAAUGAACAAUAUUUUAACAGUAACUUUCACCAUAUUGAGCUGUUGAUAUAUCUAAUGUAAUUAUCAACCACUUUUUAGCUACAGUAAAAGCCACCAUGUGUAAAACUUUAAAUUCAUGCACGUUGGCGCCCUCCAGUGGUCGUAUCAAAGAUUACGGCCACAAAUACACACAAUAAAUUAAAACAUUUUACAAUCACAAUAAUCUGCAUUAUAAUCGCAUUAAAAUUCUACACAUUGUGGCUUUAAAGAAGUAGAAAAAUAAAAGAAUUAUGACAUUUGUUUGUGGAGCUCGACAGUGUUUGUUGCUGAUAUCAAGUUAAACUCACUUUUUUUAUGAAUCAACUUUAGUCUUAACUUGUUUUAAAGUGUCAUUUUUCAACACGUCGCUGCGUCUAAUUUGUUGUAAUUACACACACAAAUAAAAAAAUAUGUGUAGUUUGGAACAAAACAUCGAUUCAUGUUAAAGAUGACAUUUAACUUUUUUUGUUUUAUGUGUACAUACACUUUUUUUUUCUCCACGCACAUCAUAUUAAACACUGCUUUGACUUUUCAGCACUCGUUUCAGAAGGUAUUAAUCACGGGAUUUACAUCUGUAACAAACACAUAAUGUAAACUGUGCACUUCUUGGUAUCAAACUCAAUUAAAUAAACGCAGUUAUUAUUAUUAUCAUUAUGUAUGCGGCACUACACAGCCAAAGAGCAGCAGUCCUGUGUUGACAACUAGUGUGAACUUUAAACAAAACACAAUAUAGAGACUUUUCUUCUUUGUGUUCAAAACAAGAAAGUAUUUUAUAUCAUCCGUGUGUAGACUGUGCUGUUUUUGCAUUUAAUGUCUUUUUUUAAAUUUGUGUUUUCCAAGCUUGUCCUGUGAUUUAAUCUGUAAAAGAAACAAUAAUUUUUGUCCGUCAAGCCGUCAGAUUUGAAAGCGGAUCCUCUGGGGUCAAGUUUGUCCUCUGAAAGGCGGGUUUGUCUUCUCCGUCUUCUUAAUUUAUCUCGUGCCUUAAAAAAUUCACAAGACCCAAGAGACAUUUACGUGUAAAAGCGAACCAACGAAAUGCUCUAACUUCAUGUUUUUCUCGUGUUUCAGAAACUUAAAUGUCUUUUAAAUGAAUAAAGAGCUUUGGCUGGCUAAGCAGCAUGAAGCUGUACAACA